GAGUACGAGAAGGAGCACGACGAGAUGAUCGCAGGGAACAUGAUGCUACGAUUGGAUAUGGAGCUGAAAGCCCAGGCGGAGAGGGACAAAAGAGACAAGCUGAAGUACUGCAGGAAAGCGUCGCUGAGGAGGCAUUAUCCCCCGCGGGGGGUGCCAGUAGAAGAACUAGCAUGGAUGCCAUUGGAAUCUACAGUCAACCUGGAAGACCCUGAGCGGCUGAGCAAGAAGCUGGAGGAGCAGAAAGCACGGGCGGCGGAGAAGCGAGCUGGCGAGGAUGCCUCGGACAAGUACAGCUCGCUCUACAAGUGCAAGGAACAAUCGCACUACCUGGGGAGAUGCGGGAAAGCUGGGCUGGCAUCUUCGGUGUCGGAGAAAGACGCGAGCAUGGAGUGCGGGAACAAGCUGGAGGACAUCCUUAUGAAAUGUCGCCAAUCUCCAGCUGCGCCAGUGGACCGGAACAG